CCAAAAAUUCAUUGUGAACUUCUUCGACCUUACCAAAUAAUAAUAACCACGUGUUUACUCGUUGGGUGGGUAUCUACAUAUCCGCUACAAAUGGAGCCACUACAUCGGACGUGCUGAUCUGAUCUGACCUUGUCUGGUCUGGUCUGGUCUGAUCGGGUCUGAUCUGAUCUGAACCGCUGACAAUGGAGCCUUAGACUAAUGCAACAAAUUCGGACAAUUGGGACGGCGCCGCGAGCACGAAGCGAACAGGUUCGCAGUGUGCUCGCUCGCUCCGUCAAAAGUCGGUUUUUGUGACGAGCACAAAGGGAUUCGCGUGCUCGAUUGGGACGUGUUUUUAGUUUAACCUUCCUGUUCUUGACGUGCUCGCGAGCAUUUAGUCUUGUUUAAAAUGGCGCAGUGGUCAGAUGAAAGUUCAUUGUUAUUGAUAGAGAUUUAUAAAAAUUAUGAAGUGCUGUGGAAUCCAAGGAAUGAAAACUAUUAUAACAAAAAUUUAAAAGUGGAUGCCUGGAAAGAAAUAGCGGCCGCAGUUGAACAGCCGGAAGAAGCAUGUAAAGCAAAAAUCAUUAGUUUACUUGCUUCAUACAGAAGGGAGAAGGCCAGAGAAAAAAAAUCGAAAGGGACAGGAUCAGGUGUGGAUAACGUAUACAAUAGUCGAUGGUUCGCUUACGAAGCUUUACGAUUCUUGGAAGACAGAGAUAAGCCAAGAAAAAGUAUGGACACGGAAUCGCAACAAGAAGAACGUGGUAGUGGCAAAGAGGAUGAAUUACAAACCGAAUCGGAGAUCGAAGUCGAAAAAACUCCAACCAGUGCCCCAAAACGGAGAAUAAAAACAUCUCGCGAAGAACAUUCUUCGCUGAUGGUUGAUGCAGUGGCUGUCUUAAAAACUGCAGCUUCUAAGCUAACUUCAUCUUGUCCAGAAAAUGACGAAGUCAAAGCUUUUUUAAGUUUUGUAAUGGCAAAAAUGAAUUCCUAUUCAUUCGAAACGAGGAAAGGAGUUGAACAUUCUAUUCUUGAUACAAUUAUGAAGGCUGAUAGAGGAUUUUACGAAUUUCCUGCGCACAUGAGGCAGUAUGGGCAGCAACGCAGUCAUAUCAUUCAACUGCAUCAACAAGUGCCAACGAAAGCUUACAGUCGUCUUCUCACUCGCAGUAUCAACCAUCCACCUACACAGAGUUAG